GUAAUAGCCGUGAUAUUUACGAAGUCCAGCUGUUUGAGGUGUCCGUAAGAGUAAAAUAUGUCUAAAUUACUUGCUUUAGAUAAAUUGAACACACUAUUUAAAAUAAUUAAAACAAAUGGAGGAAUCACCGGGACUUUGUUUAAGCUCUUUCGGCAGGAUGAUGUCAAACUGGGUACCCUAGUAGGCGAGGAUAAAUACGGCAACAAAUAUUACGAAAAUAACAUGUACUUUUACGGACGAAACCGUUGGGUGGAAUAUGCUGAUAAAGUAUAUUUUGACUAUGAUGGAAGCCAAGUUCCAGCAGAGUGGUUUGGGUGGCUUCAUUAUAAGACAGACUUACCACCCCAUAAGGAUCCAAAUCGACCAAAGUACCCGUGGAUGAUUGAUCAUACGGAGAAUCUGUCUGGCACUGAACAUGCAUACAUGCCAUACAGCACUACAACACCUAAGAUACAAGCAUGGGUGCCACCAAAGCCUCAGUCAUAGAGAUCAUUUGAAACAUAUAGACAUUACAGUGAAUUAUAGAUUUUCUUUGCUAGUUAUAAACCGGUGUUUUUGUGUAAUAUAAAGGUUCUGUAAGAACUGUGAAACUGACAUUGUGGAAUUAGUAAAUUAAUUUAACCACUGAA